AUGCCCACUGCAUCGCCGUUCUGGCUGUGUCAUGAGUGCGGAGCUCAGAUGCGUCCAGUGACGAUUGAUGGGGUAUCUCAUUGCGCAUCCUGUAACGGCGAAUUCAUAGAGAUUCUCGACGCAGAAGUCAACCCUGAUCCGUUCCAUGAGCUCCCACCCGCUCCACCUACCCGUCCCAAUGAACACCCUUCUUCCCCUCUCCAAUACAACCCAAACGCUUUCCAAUCCAAUGCAUUCCAACCGAGUCCCGGCCAAGGAGGUCAAUCAUUUCUCUCAGGUUUAUUCGGCAAUAUCCUAGGUGCGGCAGCGGACAGCCAAGGAGGCAGCUCAAAUAGACCGAUCCAGCCACCAGCAAACAGAGCGACUAGUCCAACGACGAAUACUGGCGGCUCAGGAAGUAGAGGAAGAUCGUUCUCCUUUAAUUUCCCCGGCGGAGGCAGAGGCCAAGUCAUGUUCGGCUUUGGGGGAGGGAUGGGUCCGUUUGGUCCAACGGGUCAAGCACAGCAAGGCGGUCCAAUCGAUUUUGAGAGACAAGGAAGACCUGCCGGAGCUCAAGACGAAGGGGUUCCUAUGGAAGUGCCCGAAAUGCUUCGUGCUUUGAUGGCAGCGAUGGGUGAUGAAGGGAAUGGCCCUGGCUUAUUUUUUGGAGGACCAGGAAGAGGGAAUGUGGGAGAUUACGCGACGUCUGAACGACCAUUACCGGCCUCUGACAUCGUCAUUGACGGUCUACCAAGAUUCAAAUUUGACGACGAGAAGAAGCUAGAUGACUUUGGUAUCGGUGACGAAGUGGUCAGAAUUCCCUGCGCCCGAUUCUCGCUAGUCCCCGAAGACGCGGAUCGUCGGCCUGCUCAAGCUCAGCCUCAAGGCAACUCGGAACCUCAAGAAGGUGCUCAAUCAGCUGUAACAAAUAUUCUCAAUCGAUUGUUCGGCCAAGGUGGAGGAGCCACAAGUAACCCAAAUUCUCCGACUGAAGAUGAACCUCGCAACUUUCCCUUCGGAGCUGCAGACGAAGCAACGGGUUCCGGCGAUCGCACAGAUGCAACACCUCAAGCUCCGCCACGACCACCCCAACCAACGUCCCCUUCUCCAUCGAUACCUACAUCUGGUCAACCGGCUGUUGAGGACGACCACCCUGUGCUACCUACAGCUAUCCCGGAUGACUAUAGAGCAAGGCAUAGAGAGAGAGAGAGACAACGACAUCAAGAAGAGCAUCAAGAGUGA